UUAGGCCCCAAGUCCUCCAUUGAUGGUUGUCAGGUUGUGAGUUAAAGGCAUGUGUGUCUGAACGGGUGCUCCACAGCCACAAAUGGGAAGGUCUCCUUGCUGCAGCCAUGAGCAUGUGAGGAAGGGUGCUUGGACUCUUGAAGAAGAUGAGAAGCUGAAAGCAUACAUUCACACUUAUGGCCCUGGAAGCUGGCGCACCUUGCCCGACAAAGCUGGCCUUGCAAGAUGUGGAAAGAGUUGCAGACUGAGGUGGUUUAACUACCUCAGACCUGGCAUUAAGAGAGGCCGAUUGAGCAGAGAUGAGGAGGAGACCAUCCUAAGACUCCAUGCACUUCUUGGCAACAAGUGGUCCGCUAUUGCCAAGCACUUGCCUAAUCGAACUGACAACGAGAUCAAGAACUACUGGAACUCUUCUCUCAACAAGAACAACCACUUAUUACACACUCCUCAGCAGCAGCAGCUUCUUGUGCCAUGCUUACUCAACAAAAUGGCCAAUUCCUUCUCUGGCAACCAAGCUGCAAAAGCACUCUUCUCCAAGCUAAUGAAUGGUGACGAAAAGGGUGAGGCUAUUCAAGCCUUUUCUGUUCCAGCAGAUCAUCACAGUUGGCACUGCGCUGAGUCCUGUAAUUCUACAUUGAGUUUUCUAGAUGACAGCAUUGCAGAAGCUCCUGAAUUUAUUCAAAUGUUAAGGUAUGAGGAUGAGAGAAUAAGCCUGUACAUGCAGGAUUUGUAAGGACACUUAUCAAUGAAAAUUAAAAUAAAGUUACAAUAUGUAAAAUGUGUGAUUGAUUGGUGAAUGUUGGGAUUCUAUAGUCCCACAGAAAUGCGAG